GAACACAUACACUACCAGGACUUCUUCCUCUUAGCGGAAUCAUUGUUAAUUUAAAGAAAUGAAUACCCCUCUGAUAUCCCUGCUAUAAUGUAAAUAAAAUAUCUAAAACAUCCUGUUAUAUAGUAUUCCCUCAGAAAAUCAAAACUGAAUGCACUGCACAGCAAAAACCACUAGAUGGAGACAUGCUGAUAAAUUAAGACAUUGUCACCCAUACACCACAGGGAGUCACUGCAGCUCAGUGUGUGUUUUCUGUCUUCAGUCGCCGAAAGGUGAAAUGAAGGCCAAGGCGAUAUUGAUAAGCCUGUCAAUAAAUUAGGUGAUAGGAAAGACAUGAUGUAAUUUAAACAUAUCUCAUAUUUUAAUGUCACACAGACGGUUCAGCUAUAAAAGCAUGCAAGCACUUUAGUUUGUUCUUAGUCUUGUAGCAGCUCAAAUAAUUGAACUGUAAUGAACUAAAGGUGGUUGUAAGUGAUAAGGGGAGUUCAUAAUAUGUCAUCGUUUAAGUUCAAGUAUGUGCUGUAUAGUGAAUGUGCCCUAAAUUAACACCGACAACUUUGACAGAGAUAGAUGCUGAUUAGGUUUUCCUAGAAGUAUAAUGUUACUGGUGGUUGCUCCUCCCUAAUGAUGACCAUGUGAUGCAGGUCAAACACAGGCUGACAGGAGUGGGAGGACAAGCUCCGGGACGUCACCUUACAGAGGGUAGAGUGUAACACAGAGACCAGGGGGAGGAGAAGUCAAGAGAACUAGAGUCAUUUUCUUUAAUAAGCCUUGUUUGAUGCGUUGAGCUUCUUUAUAGCGGUGAGUAAUUCAGUACUGUAACGGGAUCUCUGAUCACUACAGUGAAGAUGGCAGGAGAUAGAAUACUGGAAAUGUGCAAAAGAGGAGAUACUGAGAUGUAUUCUUUCAUGGAUGAACAAAGGGAAACUCAGCCAUGUAAAGAAUUAUCCCAUUCCAUCGAGGCAAUACUGAGGAGGCCAACAUGUGUCAGGAGAGAGAGACGAGUUCAUCGCAACUGGUCAGUCAUCAAAGAGAACACCAGAGAGACUAACCAGCUCUCAUGUACAGCAACUCCACAAAAUAGACAACUAGAAGAUUCUCCAAAGGCAACAACAACAGACUGCAUCAAUCAGAGGAAGAAAAGGCAAACGAGGGUCACUUUCACACCGUUCCAGGUGAAGGAGCUGGAGAAAGUCUUUCAACAGACUCACUACCCUGAUGUCAAUGCCAGAGAACAGUUAGCCUCUUCCCUGCACCUCACCGAGGGAAGAAUACAGAUUUGGUUCCAAAACCGCAGAGCCAAAUGGAGGAAGACUGAAACUCUGAAGGACCAGGGCCUGAUGUCCAGACAACACAUACCGUCAGCCACUCAGGAGCUGCAUCAGUAUAACAAGCCACAGCUGCAGUCACUGUGCUGGCCGCCUUGCUGUCUGUCUAAACCUCUUCACUCAUGGCUGCUCCUCAGAUCCGCAUCCACAACAUCAAUACAUUGCCCAGAUUACAGAACUCUCUGUUUUGAUUUGCGGGGGACAGAAAGAUAGCCCCGUCACUAUUCUUACACUGAUGAUUUGAUUACACGUGGUACAAAGAUCAUAAUGACUCCGAUUGAAGUCUUUAUUGCUCAAGAGAAUUGUAGAUUACGAUCUGUAAACUAUGAUAACAGUGUAUUUUGAUGAUUUUGCUUGAGUUUUCUAAAGUGUUGUAUCAUCCUGUCAACCUGAAAUAACAUGUUCUUGAAAGCAGCUGUGUAUUUUUAUUUUCAUGUACUUACAAUGCUGCUGACAAUGGCUACUGAAAGCAUUUUUUUUUUAGUAUUUGUACAGAUCAAGAUUUGAGGCCAAUGCGACAUGUUUCUUGGUAGAGACGUGUUUGCGCUGUAUUAUUGUGUGCACUCACUUCUUUUCAUGACCCUACAGUUCCUUGUCAGAGAUACGAUAUGGCACGUCCAUAAACAUCUGUUUGACUCUCUGACAACCUCACCUUAUCUUAAUUUUAGCUUGUAAAGGGAGGUUAUUGAUGGGUCAGCUUGGGCAUUUAUGGAGCCUGUUCAAUAGGAUAAAAGUAAAACUAUUGUUACCGGUAUUAUGAUGCAUUGGUGAUGAAGAGAUGUGUCAUAAUUGUGACUUAAAUGAUAAGACUGAGGAGGGGAAGAAAGUGUAAAAGCCAACCUUUAUUGUCUCAAUACAUCUUUAUUUAUUACAUCAACAUUACAGAUAAGUGUGAUAAAUGUGUUUCACAACAAUAAAUUCACUUGUGAGAAAGGCAUUCUUCUACUCCAGCA